AUGAUGUACUUGAUAGAAGCCAUCAAGGGCCCGGCAGGUACCAAGCAUAUUUCUCUGCCUGAAUUUGACCCUGAUAAGUCGGAUGUAGACGCACGUGCCUGGUGUACUACAGCAGAUCUGUGCCUAUCGGAGGUACCGCUUCAGGGAAGUGCUCUAAUAAUUACCCUAAGCAAGGCUUUGAAAGGUAGUGCUUCACGUAGGCUGGCGCAAGUGUCGUUUGCGGGGAUGACAUGGUGUGACUUCAAAAGCCUGUUUUUAUCCCGGUACGAUUGUGUGGACACACCAGCCGCUACUCUUGUCAAAAUGAUGAGUGGCAAGCCCAAGGAAGGUGAAUGUUAUGCCGCGUACGCCGCCCGAUUGCUUUCAACACUCACAUCACGCUGGCAAAACAUGAGCACUGAGCAGAUUGCCAUAUCUACGGUGCUUGCUCACAUGGCACAAUUUGAUGGGCGUAUUCAGAGGCUGGCGUUUACUACCAAAGUCGACAACAGGAACAAGCUGCAGUGUGAACUUCAAGCGCUCUCGUUUUUGAAAAGGAAAGCUUCAACGGCUAACUCGACCGACGCCGUUCCAGAGUUCAAGCGAUCCAAGUUUCAGUCGACAACGCUGAAGUGUCACAACUGUGGUAAACUAGGUCAUCGAGCAUCUGACUGUCGAUCAAGAAAUGAGUUCAAAGGCAAAACAGCCAAUACCAUCACCUCGGCGUCAAGUUCUUCAGGACCAAAACAGCGUUUGGAUAUCAUCUGCUUUCGAUGCGGCAACGCCGGACAUUUUGCAGCAAAAUGUCCACGAAGCAAUAGUGUAGGCACCAGCGCGGCGGGUGGAUCGAGCAGUCCUGGGGCAGCGCCUGCCGCAGCGGCGACCAGUGAGCGACGUGUCAACGUUUGUUAUGUCAGCAAUCCCAGCGGUGUGCUGAUGAAUGCUGGUGAGUCAUACCCAUUUUACUACGAUUCUGGUGCCGAAUGCUCUCUGAUCAAAGAUUGUGUAGCGUCAAAGUUUAGUGGAAAGCGAGUAAAUAAUAUUGUAAAUUUAACCGGAAUCGGUCACGUUAGUGUGCAAAGUACCCUACAAAUUUUAUCUGAAGUUAUAAUUAACGAUUUACGAUUAGAGAUAUUAUUUCAUGUUGUACCGAAUAGUUGUCUUAAAAAUGAUAUCUUAAUCGGCCGCGAGAUUUUAGAUCAGGGGUUCAACGUUAGUAUGACGUCUGAUAGCGUUGUUUUGUGUCGUGAUAAGGUUGUGAGAUUAACUUCAAAUAAGCCCAAGACGUAUACUAAUUAUCAAAUUGAUUCAAAUAAAGUUAACACAGACAUUCCGCCAGAAUUUCGUUCUCGAUUAAUGGAUCUUUUGUCAGAAUAUUCAUCUUCGUUUUCUAGUGGUGUACCUAAAUCCCGUGUUACGACAGGAGAGUUGCAAAUUAGGCUUAUAGAUCCUAGUCGAACGGUUAAACGUCGCCCUUAUAGGCUUAGUGCAAAUGAACGUGAAGUUGUUACUGCUAAAGUUCGUGAACUAGAGGAAGCAGGUAUUAUUAGGCCAAGUUGUUCACCCUUUUCUAGUCCAGUGUUGCUUGUCAAGAAGAAAGAUGGUUCAGAUCGCAUGUGUGUCGACUACAGGGAACUGAACGACAACACUGUAUCGGAUAGGUUUCCAUUGCCGUUGAUAGAGGACCUUGUAUCCAGGUUAGGUGGUGUUACAUGGUUCACGUGUCUCGAUAUGUUGUCAGGCUAUCACCAGAUUCCAGUGCAGCCUGAAUCGAUAGAGCGCACUGCAUUCGUCACACCUGAUGGUCAGUGGGAAUAUUUGACCAUGCCGUUCGGUUUGAAGAAUGCCAGGUCAGUUUAUCAACGUGCAGUGAUGAAGGCUUUAGGCGAUCUUGCUAACAGCUAUGCUGUGACAUACGUCGAUGACAUUUUAGUGAUAGGAUCGUCUGUAGAGGAGAAUUUGUUUCGUCUUCGCACUGUGCUAGAUAAAUUAACAAAAGCUGGUUUCUCCCUAAAUCUUGCUAAGUGUUCCUUUCUUAAGCGACGGGUAGAAUAUUUAGGCUUUGUUGUUGAGAACGGCCAAAUCAGUCCCAACCCAAAUAAAAUUGCAGCUUUGUCCAGACUUCCCCCGCCUAAAACCAUCACUCAGCUAAGACAGUUCAUAGGGCUGGCCACUUAUUUCAGACAAUUUGUGCCACAGUUCUCAAAAACGAUGGCUCCUCUAUUUCGUCUAACGAGUGGCAAGAACAGGUCCAUUGAGUGGGAACCUAGCCAUGAGGCUGUUCGUCAGAGAAUUAUUUCUUAUUUAACCAGUAAGCAUAUUCUAACGAUAUUUGAUCCUGCACAUCCAAUAGAGUUACACACCGAUGCCAGUGCUGAAGGAUAUGGUGCUAUUUUUAUUCAAAAGAUUAAUGGGAUACAACAUGUGGUUGCUUAUUACAGUCGUCGUACCUCCCCAGCCGAAUCAAAGUUUCAUUCAUUUGAGUUAGAAACGUUAGCUGUGUUCAAUGCCAUAAAGCAUUUUCGACAUUAUUUGCUAGGUCGUAAGUUUACCGUUGUGACAGACUGCAGUUCUGUUAAAGCUUCCAAAAGCAAAACUGACUUGUCUCCACGAGUUCAUCGUUGGUGGGCCUACAUGCAGUCAUUUGAGUUUGAUAUCAUCCAUCGUGAAGGCUGA